AUGGCCACCAACCACGAGGACCCGGCUGCCGAGCUCCACGAGACCUUCGCUGAGCGCGUGCCCAACAAGGAGACUGACAUGGCCGGCGGCUACAUUGGCCACUCCGACCUGAACGAAAAGUCCGACUCCGCCGGCGCUGCGGAGACGGAUCCCACCCCGGAUGGCGAGGAGCCCAAUGAGUACGAGAAGCGCACGCUGCGCCGCGUGGGAGAGAACCUCCCCGCCUCGGCAUUCCUCAUCGCCAUUGUCGAGUUGACGGAGCGCUUCACCUACUACGGCGCCCAGGGUCUGUUCCAGAACUACAUCAACAACCGCCCCGAUGGCUCCGACGGUGCCAAGGGUCUCGGUCUGGGACACCAGGCCGCCACCGGCCUGAACCUCUUCUUCCAGUGGUUCUGCUAUGUUACCCCCAUCCUUGGUGCCAUCAUCUCCGAUCAGUACCUGGGCAAGUACAAGACCAUUCUCAUCUUCUGCGUCAUCUACUGGGUCGGCCUCGUCAUCCUUUGGACCACCUCUCUCCCCGUUGCCAUUGAUAAUGGCGCCGGUCUCGGCGGCUACAUCACGGCCAUCAUCAUCAUUGGCCUCGGCACUGGUGGCAUCAAGUCCAACAUUGCGCCCCUGAUUGCCGACCAGUACCAGCGCCGUGUCAUGGCCAUCAAGACGGAGAAGACGGGCGAGCGCGUCGUCAUCGACCCCGCCAUCACCUACCAGCGCAUCUACAUGAUCUUCUACUGGUGCAUCAACGUCGGCGCCCUCUCCCUCAUGGCCACGCCCUUCAUGGAGAAGUACGAGGGCUUCUGGACUGCCUUCCUCAUGUGCUUCUGCAUGUUCAACGUCGGCAUCUUCAUCCUCAUCAUUCGCCGCAAGUCGUACGUCGUCCGCCCUCCUCAGGGACAGAUCAUCACCGAUGCCUUCAAGGCUCUCGGCAUGAUGAUCAUGGCCCGCGACCUGGACGCCGCCAAGCCCUCGUGGCGCGAGGCCCACGGCAAGACCAAGGUUGUGCCCUGGAACGAUCACUUCAUCGAGGAGUUGAAGCGCGCCCUCCGUGCUUGCAAGGUCUUCAUCUUCUACCCCAUCUUCUGGGUGUGCUACGGCCAGUUCUCGACCAACUUCGUCACCCAGGCCGGCCAGAUGCAGGGCCACGGCAUGCCCAACGACUUCAUGCAGAACUUCGACCCCAUCUCCAUUCUCGUCUUCACUCCCCUCCUCGAGAGCGUCGUCUACCCCCUCCUCCGCCGCGCCGGCAUUGAGCUGCGCCCCAUUGCCCGUAUCACCAUCGGCUUCUGGUUUGCCGCCCUCUGCCUGGCCUACGCCGCCAUUGUCCAGCACAUCAUCUACUCGGCUGGCCCUUGCUACGAGCACCCGGGUGCAUGCCCGGAGGGCAUGGAUGGCAAGACGCCCCUCCCCAACAACGUGCACAUCGCCAUCCAGGUCCCGGCCUACCUCUUCAUCGGCAUCUCCGAGAUUUUCAUCUCGGUCACCGGUCUCGAGUACGCCUACACCAAGGCGCCCCCGAGCAUGAAGUCGUUCGUCCAGUCCAUCUACCUCUUCACCAACGCCUUCGGCUCCGCCCUGUCUGAGGCCCUCGUCUCCGUCGCCACGGACCCCAAGUUCCUGUGGAUGUACACGGGUGUCGCCUGCUUCUCCUUCGCCACCGGCUGCAUCUUCUGGUUCCUCUUCAAGCACUACGACGCCGACGAGGAGAAGAUGUACGACCUCGACCGUGACCUGCCCGCCCUCACGCACGAGGGUGCUGCCGUCCCCACCAACAACGAGAAGGCGCAGCAGUUGGAGCACUGA